UGGGCCUUUUCUUGUGUCCUGUUUGUUAAAGGCAUGCAGGCUACAGCCUUCAAGAGGGCCAUUACUUAACAAAGGGAAAGAGAUAAAUGUGAAAAAGCUGAGAUUUUCAGAAUGAGCAGUUUGCUGUAAGAAACCGUAGCAGCCCAGAGUCUGCUGCUUUGGGCUGAGCUAACCUUUCCCCGUAAAAAGAAGAAGAAUGGAUUAAAAGUGCGAAUUAUCCUUUUACAAGUUUUGCUAACUAAUAGUCUACAGGCAUGAGCACACUUUCGCAGUCUAGCACACUCAUUCUUGUGGAGGAAAACAUUUCCUACAACUCCCUAGUCAAAAAGUGGUGAACCCUGCAGCAAGCAGGUCUUCUGAAAAAAAAAAUCCAUGGGUGACAGAAGAUUCAUUGAUUUUCAAUUCCAAGAUUUAAAUUCAAGCUUCAGAUCUAGAUUGGGCAAUGCUACUGCCAAUAAUACAUGCAUUGUUGAUGAUUCCUUCAAGUAUAAUCUGAAUGGUGCUGUCUACAGUGUUGUAUUCAUCCUGGGUCUGAUAACCAACAGUGCCUCUCUGUUUGUCUUCUGCUUCCGCAUGAAAAUGAGAAGUGAGACUGCUAUUUUUAUCACCAAUCUAGCCCUCUCCGACUUGCUCUUUGUCUGUACUCUACCUUUCAAAAUAUUUUACAAUUUCAACCGCCAUUGGCCUUUUGGUGACACUCUCUGCAAGAUCUCUGGGACUGCAUUCCUCACCAAUAUCUAUGGGAGCAUGCUCUUCCUCACCUGUAUUAGUGUGGAUCGUUUCCUAGCAAUUGUGUAUCCCUUCCGAUCUCGUACCAUUAGGACCAGAAGGAACUCUGCUAUUGUGUGCGCUGGUGUAUGGAUCUUGGUCCUCAGUGGAGGUAUUUCAGCCUCUUUGUUCUCCACCACUAAUGUCAACAAUGCAACCACUACCUGUUUUGAGGGUUUCUCUAAACGUGUCUGGAAGACUUAUCUGUCCAAGAUCACCAUAUUUAUUGAAGUUGUUGGAUUCAUCAUUCCUCUAAUAUUGAAUAUUUCUUGCUCUUCUGUUGUGUUAAGAACACUUCGCAAGCCUGCUACACUGUCACAAAUUGGGACUAAUAAGAAAAAAGUACUGAAGAUGAUCACAGUGCAUAUGGCAGUCUUUGUGGUAUGUUUUGUACCCUAUAACUCUGUCCUUUUCUUGUAUGCCCUGGUGCGUUCCCAAGCCAUUACUAAUUGCUUGUUGGAAAGAUUUUCAAAAAUUAUGUACCCAAUAACCUUGUGCCUUGCAACUCUGAAUUGCUGCUUCGACCCUUUCAUCUACUACUUCACCCUUGAGUCCUUUCAGAAGUCCUUCUACAUCAAUACUCAUAUCAGGAUGGAAUCGCUGUUUAAGAUUGAGACACCUCUGACCACAAAACCUUCCCUUCCAGCUAUACAAGAAGAAGUUAGUGAACAAACAAUGCAUAAUGUUGGCGAAUUAAUGCUAGAAUCUACUUUUUAGGU